AAUAAAAUUUUUUAACUUUUUAAGCAUAUAAAAUCAAAAUUCCCAUUUCUAAUCAACCCAAACCAAGAUAGCGAGCACUGAGAUAAUCCCCCCAAGCCAACUCUUUCUCUCUCUCUCUGUAUCUAUCGUCAGGCAAUUGAAGAAGCUAUCUGUCGCCGGCGCCGCCAGUCACCAGCUCCAACUGCUCCACCUCUCCGACUCCGCAUUUCCUGCCUCCCUCAACCUCAAACGAGGAUUGUUGGACAUUAAUGUUGUUGUGUGAGUGAAGAUGAACACGGCUCAAAUUAAUGUCUUCCAGAGGCCCACGUUUUAUCUUGUGGGUUUCUCUGCAUCUCAUGCCCGAGUCUUAACGCCCAAUCAUUUGCAUUUCCAUGGUUUGCAAUUGCCCUGGACUUCAUUGAAGCUAAGCUCCUCUGCCGCCCCUCGCGGUUUAAAUUGCACGCCUCUUUUGAAGCCCUGUCGUUCUGGACCUGUCUGCUUAUCAAACACUGGAGCUGGAGGUGACAGUGAGGGUUCUCCUCCAUGGAAAGCUUUUGAAAAAGUGGUGGGAAAUUUAACCAAAGGAAAUUCUAUAGAGGAUGUGUUACGGAAACAGAUUGAGAAAAAGGAGUUCUAUGAAGAUAGAGACGGCGGUGGUAUGCCCCCACCUGGUGGUGGUGGUGGUGGAGGCGGUGGUGGUGGAGAUGGCUCUGGUGGUUCAGAGGAUGAAGGUAUUUUUGGAAUCUUAGAUGAAACACUUCAAGUCGUUUUGGCAACUCUUGGCUUCAUUUUUCUGUACAUUUACAUCAUCAAUGGUGAGGAGUUGAUCAAGCUGGCAAAGGACUACAUCAAAUACAUCUUUAAAGGAACUGAGAGUAUUCGUUUGAAGCGGGUCCUUAACAAAUGGAGAAGGUUCUUCAGGAAGAUAACUGAGAAAAAAGUAUACGAUAAGUAUUGGUUAGAAAGGGAAAUUAUCAACACCCCUACCUGGUGGGAUAGUCCCGAUAAGUAUCGCCGCUUACUUGGAGAUGACUCAGAAACAAAACCACGUAGGCCUUAUCAAGAUUCAACUGUGUACGACUCUUAUGGAGAAUCAACUGAUUAUGGGUCGUAUGAGGAGUCAUAUCGAGAUGAUGACUAUUGAGUUGUGUUUUUGAUUGCCUAUGGAAGUUGGUUGUUGAUUUGGUAAAAAUAUUUGUCAUGUUGGCCGUUGUAACUAAAAAUUGAGAAUAGAGGAGAUCAACAUCUUUAUGUUUCAAACUUUGAUGAAACCAGUAGUAAUUACAACAUAAAAUACGCUGUUUUGUAGGCUGUCAAGUAAGGAUUUAGUUUAAUAUAUAGCUAAGCAAUUUCACUGGUUUGUUA